GUAUUACGCCGGCGACACACGUAGAGACGUUGAGACCAGACGCCGGGUUUGUUUAUCGGUUCAUUUCUGGGACCUUCAGAGAUGUCUGGACGUGUGUGUGUCAGCAUCCUCCUCCAAAGAGCUUCCAGCUGCGCGCGGCCACUGCCACCGUCACAGUAUACCCACUUGGAAGCAUCCCCCUCUUCUCAGCCUCGAUCAACCCACAAUCGAUACUUCUCAUCCCGGGGUGCGUUCAGAGCAGACCAGUUGGGCUCCAGGUUAGAGGACUCUUUGGGAAAUGGGUCUUUAAGUGGGCGACGCCUCUCAACUCGGCAGGAUCUGGACUUCCAUCUUAACCAGGUCCAGAUCAACAGUAUACUGCGGUUGAAUGAGCAGGCUGUAAGUGUUCCAGAGUUUGAUGGCAGGGGACUCAGUACUGUGAGAAAGUUUGAGAGCAACCAGCUGGCUGCUAACACCCCGAAUGAGGACCGUCGCAGUGCAGCCACCUGUUUACAGUCAAAGGGCAUGCUCUUUGGAGUGUUUGACGGCCACGGGGGCUGGGCGUGUGCGCAGGCCGUCAGUGAGCGGCUGCUUUACUACGCGGCAGUCGCCAUGAUGCCCAAGCAGAGCCUGGAGGAGCUCGAGAGAUGUGUGGAGCACGGCAGACCCGUUCCUCCCAUUUUGCAGUGGUACAAACACCACUCGGACUUCAACUAUCGGGAAUCUGCAUCGCUUUACAUCGACCACCUCAGAGUGUUCUGGCAAGAGUUACUGGACAGUGAGGAUCAUGGUGAAGGCAUGAGUCUUCCUGACGCUCUGGAUCAUGCCUUCAAACGACUCGAUGGGGACAUCUCCUUAGAGGCCCAAGUCCCUCUUUCCAAUGACCUGAUGAAAAGCACAGCCAUUCAGGUUGCAUUUGCUGGUUGCACUGCCUCUGUGGCUCAUAUCGGCACAGAGGGGAUCCACGUUGCAAACACCGGUGACUGCAGAGUAGUACUGGGGGUGCAGGAGGAGGAUGGUUCGUGGAGCGCCUUACCCCUUUCCCAGGACCACAACUCCCAAAAUAAGGCUGAGGUGGAUCGGAUCAAGGCCCUGCACCCGUCCUCAGAGAAGGACACAGUGAUCACAGAUGACAGACUUCUUGGGGUUCUGAUGCCGCUGCGUGCUUUUGGUGACGUGCGAUUCAAGUGGAGCCACGAGUUGCAGCAGAGCGUUUUAGCCGGCCUGGAGUCCAGAGUGGACCUGGACUCUCUCAAUCUGUACCAGUACACUCCACCUAACUACUUAACGCCGCCCUAUUUGGACGUGGCACCCGACAUAACCUAUCACAAGCUGAGGCCCAAGGACCGCUUUCUGAUCCUCGGCACUGACGGCCUGUGGGAUGAACUGUCGAGCGAGGAGGCUGUACGACUCGUUGGAGAGCACCUCAGUGGGAUUCACCUCCAGGCUCCAGUUUCUCCAUCAGAGAGGCAGCUGAAAUUGGGUCAGAUGCAUGAACUCCUGCUUAAGCGCAGGGCCCGCGCAUCCCCGGCUCCGGACACCAAUGCAGCCACGCACCUCAUCAGGCGCGCUCUCGGCACAGGGGAGUACGGAGAGCUGUGCCACGAGAGACUAGCCUCUAUGCUCGCUCUGCCAGAGGACCUGGCUCGCAUGUACAGGGACGAUAUCACAGCCACUGUGGUGUAUCUGAACUCUAACCUGGCCAGACCCCAACACGACUGAAAUUGAAACAAAGAAAUUUCCAGUGUUUUAUAUGCAAAGAUUACAAAUCUAUCAACUCAUAAUAUGUUCUAUAUUUAUAAUAAAAGCAUCUAUCAGGUCAAAACACAUAUUUUCUGGAGAAAUGCUUUUCGUCCUGUACUGUUUUAAUGAAGGACUGUUUUUACAGACAUCUUGAGUUGCAUGUUACUAAAAGAAAUGUUGAAAAGAAGCCCAAUGUAUAAUGCAGACACUUACAUCGUUCCUUGCCUGCAACUACUUUUAUGCCUUUUUUUUCCCUUGCACAGUUUGCUUUUAGACAAUCAGUCUGUGAGAUUUCUGUCUUGUUUACUUGACCUUUGUUUAAACUGUGAAGUACAGUCUGUGUAAUUGUUGUGUCCCCCAUGUGUUUGUUAUGUGUUGUACUGACACUCCGCUCACUGUGAAAAAGAUGCAGAUGUUACAGAUAACAUAAUCUAUCUAUUGUUUCGUUUUUGACGUCAGAGCCGUUGUCAAUAAAAAGUGAAUGAAAACAAAA